AUUAAAAUCUCGUUAUAUACCUAAAAAUCUCAUGCUUAAAUCCUUCUCUGAAAGUUUUCUUUUGCAGUGAAGGUGUUUUUCUGUUCGGAAUGGACGCUGCCUACAAUCCUCGGACCGUCGAAGAAGUCUUUAGGGAUUACAAAGGUCGUCGUAGUGGCAUGAUCAAAGCCCUUACAACCGAUGUUGAAGAUUUUUUCCAGCAGUGCGAUCCUGAGAAGGAAAAUCUUUGCUUAUAUGGAUUCCCUAGCGAACAAUGGGAGGUUAACUUACCUGCAGAGGAGGUGCCUCCAGAGCUCCCUGAGCCUGCAUUAGGUAUUAACUUUGCCAGAGAUGGGAUGCAAGAAAAUGAUUGGUUGGCUCUGGUUGCUGUCCACAGUGAUGCAUGGCUACUUUCUGUAGCGUAUUAUUUUGGUGCCAGAUUUGGUUUCGACAAAGCAGACAGGAAACGCCUCUUUAAUAUGAUAAAUGAUCUCCCAACAAUCUUUGAGGUUGUGAGCGGAAAUGCCAAGAAACAGACGAAGGAGAAGUCAUUGGUUAGAAACCAUGGCAGCAACAAAUCCAAAUCAAAUACCAAAGGGGGCAAAUACGGUGGUAAGGGUGACGAGGAAGGAUUGGAAGAGGAAGAUGAAGAGCAUGGGGAUACCUUGUGUGGGGCUUGUGGAGAGAAUUAUGCGUCAGAUGAGUUUUGGAUUUGCUGUGAUAUAUGUGAGAGAUGGUUCCAUGGAAAGUGCGUAAAGAUAACUCCUGCAAAGGCAGAGCAUAUCAAGCAGUACAAAUGUCCUUCGUGUAGCAGCAAGAGAGCACGACCAUGAUGCAUUAAUUGAGGCAAGUGUAUUUUUACUCAUCUUGGAGGUCAUUUCUGUAGCUCUGGGGAUGCUUUAAGUUUCUGGAUUGUUAUGAUUUUGAGACUAGAUGUGUAGAGUAUUUUCUUCUUGUCUAGGAGAGGAGAGUCUUGCUUUGAUUAAUUAAUAUGUUUUCUUUUUGGUUUUUUUACUUUAUUUGAGUCAUUGGGAGCUUAAUGUAGAGUUGAGAUCCCUUUGAUGUUCAACUCCUUACAUUUGAAAGUUAACUCUCUCCAUCCAUCCCAUGAAAUUGUGAAGUGUUUCUUUGAGGAUGUUUAUGAAAAUUGCAAACAAUUUUCUUAUAA